AUGAACAAUUUCGGCGUCAUCGAGCUUGCCAGCGCCAAAACCACCGCGGCGCCUGGUUGGGCCUACGUACCCGACACCACCAUCAACCGCUCUGCGCCUACGAACCGGAAGCGAGCGAGGAACGUUCCGGGCCUCAGUAUCGGUGACUUAACCGUUAGGCAAGAGACGAAGAGGCGCAAGGAAGCCGAGGCGCUCGACCGCGAUGGUGGACGAGACAAUACUAUUCCGCUGCCGGUGAAGAGUGGACGAGCCCAGGGGAAGCACACACCGAACGUUCGAAAGAUUUUGCAGUCCCAAAAGACGUUUGGGAACUACCUCGAUGAUUUCCUCGCCUUGCAAGCGUUGACAGAGUCCAACAAUGCCGCUUCGUCUCGAUCGACCGCUGCCAGCGCAAACAACAAGAAAGCCGCUCCGAAUAAGAGGGACACGCCCUCAUCCUCCCGACAACCCGCCCCAGAAGAAGAUACCCAGAUGCUCGACGCAGAUCUCCCGCCCGUGCUCCCUCCUCCAAACAGGACGCCGCCGCCCGCCCACGAGGGAGACUCCGAGCCGCUGCUCGUGUCGCGCGUGCCCGAGAUGCCGUCAGACGAGGAGCUCCGGAAGCUUCUCGCGCGGCCGCCACUCAACUACGGCGAGGCGACGGGGGAUUGGGACGAAAAGUACCCGGUUAGGGUGUUCUGCGAGGUCUGCGGGUACUGGGGACGAGUGCGGUGCAUGAAGUGCGGGACCACGGUUUGCGCGCUGGACUGCUUGGAGGCGCACCGGGAGGAAUGCGUCACUCGAUAUGGCUUGUGA